GGAGAAGGAAGGUGCACUAUUUGUUCCCAGAUGGAAAGGAAAUGGCCGAAGAAUACGAUGAGAAGUCAGGCGAACUACUUGCCCAUCUUCAUGCGCAAGGACACCAAGAUGAAUUUCCAGUGGCGGAUUCGAAACCUCCCCUACCCUAAGGAUGUCUACAGCGUCUGUGUGGACCACAAAGAGCGCUGCAUCGUUGUCAGAACCACCAACAAAAAGUACUACAAGAAGUUCUCCAUUCCUGACCUAGACAGACACCAGCUACCUCUGGAUGAGUCCUCGCUGAGCUUUGCUCAUGCCAACUGCACGCUGAUCAUCUCUUACCAGAAGCCAAAGGAGAUCCUGGUGGCUGAGGCGGAGCUUCAGAAGGAGCUAAAGAAAGUGAAGACAGCCCACAGCAGUGAUGGGGACUGUAAGACCCAGUAGCAGCUCCCCCCAAGCCUACACCUCGGGGGCAUGGAGGGGGUGAGACUUUUCCCGUUGGCCCAUGAGACUUUGAGGCUUGGGCCUUUCUGGUGCAAGAAAGCUCCUUGCAGGAGCUAUCCAGCCUCUGUGAGAACUGGGCCUUGGGGCGCUCUUAGACCCCACAUCGUGGUCUUAUCUCCUAAGUAAAGUCAUUCUGAGUCA